GGGCAGCACGCGCUCCUGUACUUUCUGCAAUGUGUUCAGAUGAAGAGCGCUCGAUGGCGGGGGGCUCCGGUAACGGAAAGUUGCGUCGGUGGCUGAUAGAGCAGGUGGACACCGGAAAAUACCCUGGACUCGUGUGGGAGAACGAUGAGAAGAGUAUCUUUCGGAUUCCGUGGAAGCACGCGGGCAAGCAGGACUACAACAGGGAGGAGGAUGCUGCGCUCUUCAAGAUUUCAAUACAUGAUUACCGCUUACAUGUGGUGGUGUUUUACCGGGACACUCUGGUGCGAGAGGUAACAGUGAGUAGUCCAGAGGGCUGUCAGCUGGGCCCUAGCAGAGAGGGACAGGCCUACGCUUCACCUGGGGCCCCAGAACUGGUUGAACUCCCUCAUGCUGAAGGGGCAUCUCUGGAGCGUGGCGUUACACUCUGGAUGGCCCCUGACGGGCUCUACGCCCGUCGUCGCUGCCCCUGCAGGGUGUACUGGGAGGGAGCUCACGCACCACCUACCGACAAGCCCAACAAGCUGGAGAGAGAACAGAACUGCAAACUGCUGGACACUCAUCUGUUCAUAACAGAGUUGCAGAGUUACACCUUGCACGCUCGUCCUGCGCCAUGUUCCCAAGUGCUGCUAUUCUUUGAGGAUGAGAGCACCGAUACUCAAAGACCAAGAAGGACCUUCACAGUGCAGGUUGAGCCACUGUUUGCUCGCCAGCUUCUUUUCCUCACCCACCCUGGCAGCAUGAACUAUAUCCGCAGCCAUGAGCUUUCACACCUGCCCCCUGAACACAACCUCUCCCCGACCCAAGACUACCACAGAGUCAUCACGCAUCACCAUAACAAUGGCCCUCAAAACUGACCUUGGCGGUUUGUCACUCCACUCUUAAUCCUGGAUUAACAUCUUGUUUAACCCAGGGUUAAAGCAAGUUUUUAUCCUGGGUUAAAGGGAUA